AUGGUGUAUGCAAUGUCCACUAGCACAUUUUGGCGGAAAGACAACGAAAGGCUCCAGAGCCAGGUCGAGCAACUCGAGGCCAUCGUGUCACGCAGUGACGCUGAGCUGCGACUCCUCGAAUUGCACCGUGUGUACAUGGCGACGAACCCCGCCGUCGACAUGGCGACACUUUGCUUGACGGCUUUGACUCGGCACCUCAAGCCGGGUCUCUUCUUUCACGACCUAUUGCACUCCCAGCUCACGUUCCUCUCGCUCAAAGGCCGGUACUCGGGCAACUGUUGCCGCAUCUUCUCAUCCAAGAUCUACGACUGGUGUAAACUCCUCUUUGCCAUCGGUGGCCGCCGCGUCUACGAGCUCGUCACAGGUCUUGGCUUUGAUCGUCAGAAAUUUGUGGGAAGCUGGAACGGUCACCUGCAGCUGCCGUCGUUGCGCACCUUGCAGCGCUGCGUCGCCAACACGCCAUUCCAAUGCGGUAUCUCCCCAGAUUUGCUCGGCCGUGCCGCUGCCACGUUUCACACCAACCAAGCUUUUCUCAACAAGCAGGCCAUGCUGGAGGAUCGCGCUGAUGCGCCGGGACGUCUUUUGGUCGCUGGUCUUAGCUUCGACGAGACGGACUAUGGCAUCACGAGUAUCUCUCGACGCCCAGACGGUCGCAUCAUCGGUGCUGUGGACUACGGCGGCAUGGCAGAGGAGCUGCACAUAGACGGACAGGAAGUCGUGGGCAUUCAGGCCGAGCUUGCAGACGUGGAGACGACCAUCCAGCUGUACCAUGCCCGAUUGCUGGUGCUGCCUUGGACCAACCUGAAGGCAUGGAGCGACCUCGAUGAAUUCAUGGACGAGAUGGCAACCAAGGCUACCAGCAUCCUUGCAAUGCGAACCGAGGCAGUCGGGAAGCGAGAAGGCAAAUCCGCGAAGCUCGCGACGACCACAUUGCCCAAGCAGAACGCUCAUAUGCUCACUGCGAUCAAGGACAUUGACGUCAACCUUGCAGCGUUCGAUGCCAUGUCGCAGCGUUGUGAAGCCGUAGCCAAUGACUACAAAACUAACAAGAGCGCGUUUUGCAGCAGCGCUACAGCAAGCUCGACGCGACUUACCGAAGAAGACAUCAAGUCGCUCAAGACCCUCUUGGACGAAAUUCGCGAUACGUACAUCGCGGUGUCGCUCAUGACGGCAGAACGAUCGCUGAAGAUUCAGUUGUGGGUGCUCUCAGACUCGCAGCGCAUGUCCAACUGCAUCGUCAUGCACUUGUUUGUCAAGUCGGCCACCAACACUGUCGCUCGCCAGCUUGGCAACAUACUCGUGCAGGAGCUUGCCACGCGUGAUGUGCCGGUCGUGCACAUUAGCUGCGACGGUGCGUCGCAUCAGACGACCAUUCAAGGCAACAAGCGGCCUACCAUGGUGACGCAGCUCUGGCGCAACGUUCGCGACGAAGUCAACGCGCUUACGGAACCGGGGGCUGUCGUCGCUGGCAUUGAAGACCUUUGCACCGACUUUUGUCUGUCGACGCGUGCGGCACCGUGGCUUCUAGCGGGGACAACGACAAGCAUGACGUACUACGAUAGCAACCUCGGUAUCCAACACAAGGAGACAAUGGUCACCAAGAAGAAGCCCGUUCUUGGACGCGGGGACCAGAAGUUUGACGACGUCUUGUCUACCAAGGUAGCCGAUCUCGAAAGCUGCGCACCGCAGCACGACAAGACUCGACUGCUCUGGGUCGCAACGAUGCUUACGCAUCUCGCAGUCAAUCCGACCGUAUGCGUGGUGGCCCUGAAGCGCAAAUGGUUGAUGAUGUUGACCUUCGACCAUGAGAUGUCCGUCUUGGCCGACCAGGAUUGCAACAUGUACCAGAACAUCUACGUGCCCGAACCCAACGACAACUUUCCGAGUCUGCCCAACACGCGCAACAUUGACCCCGACCACGUGCUCAAACGGUUUGUGACCCAUGCGAGCAUGGGGUUUGCGCACAGCUUCAACGCCAAGGCGUGGCGUGCAGUGCCCGAGUCCAUCUUGCAUCCCUCGUGGUUUACGGACCUGCGCGACAAGCAGAACGUACCUCGUGCACGCAUCUUCUUCUCGGCCGCCGUUGAGAAAUGGUUGCGCGACAACGGCUGGGUCAAGGAGGCCGAUCUCUGCUUGCUUUGGCGCAACUUCCUCUCGGUGUUUGAUGCGGCCGGCUUGUCGGACUCGACUCGGCUCGCGUACAUUGACGCCUUCUACGAGUGGCUCGAUCCGAUUGCCAAGGCCACCAUGUACGGUGGGCCGAUGGGUAGUCACUUACCGGCACUCUCGAAGAGUUCCGAGCAGUGGCGUGAGGCCUUCCCGAGCGCUCUGAUCGAGGCGCUCUAUCUGCUUGGCCAUGGAUAUCGCAUCCGCGCCGCUACCUUGGCGGUGCAUCCAACGAACGUCGCCUACGACAAUGCGACGCCAAUCGAAGCCCGCCUCCCGGUCUCCAACGACCGCUUCUGCGCAUCCAUGAACGUCGAGUCGAGCUUUUCCGAGUUCAACGCUGUGACGGGCCGCGAGGGCCGCGCAAGCUGCGGCAAGGGCACCGCGGACGGCGCAGAGAACGCUUUGAAGAAGGUCUUGAUUACGCAUCACCACAGCCUUCAGCUACCGCACAACCGCAAGGUCGUCUACUCCGACGGGGAGUACAACAAGUCGUUCGAAGCCAUGCGCCGCUGGCAUUUGACGUCAGACGACGACCCCGUCAAGCGCUCACGGGCAACAGUUAGGAGCAAGCGCAAGCGUGCAGUUGCCCAAGAUCCGCUGAUGGUUGAGAACCGACCAGUGCGCUCGCGCCACACGGAAUCCGCUCUGCUGGCCAAGGUAGCGUAGCAGUGGCGCUGCAGCAUUUGAUUUGCAUGACCAAAUUAAGAAAAGGUG